AUGGCGGAUAAAGCAGACUGGCAUCUCCAGUCUCAGUUUUUUUUUAAAAAAGAAAAGAAAAAGAGACCACGCAAACUAAAAGCAAGAAAAAUAGUGAACCAAAACAAAAACCAACUGAAACAAGUUCUUCAAAGUCAGUCUUCAUCAGUCAUUGAUUUUGAUGAUAUGGAACUGAUUGACAAUGAUGCUUCUGAUUAUGAGAGUGACUUUCGAGCAAGAAAGGUUGAUUCUCCUGGGGAAUUCAGGAAAGUACAAAAUCCAGACUCUGUGAAGAUGGAAGGAGAUGUAUAUCAAGGAGGUCAUAAUGAUCCAAAUGAGGACAUUCGGCAAAGAAUAAGCCAAAAUGUCACUGAAAUGGUAUGGCAGGCAGGGAAGCAGCAGGCCACCAAAGCUUGGAAUCUCUAUGGAAAUAUUGAUAUCUUGCGACCUUAUUUUGAUGUUCAACCCCAUGAAGUAAAAAGCAGACUUCUUCAAUCUCUUAUGCCACAGAAACCAACAGGGCAAAGACAGAAUGUCCCAAGAGAAUUGUAUGGUCCAAUGAUGGUCAUUUUCACACUGAUUGCCCUUCUUUUGUUUCAAAUGAAAUCUUCUGGCCAUAAAGUACAAGAAGGCACAUUGAUGGGGACCUCUUUUGUGGUGUGCUUCACCUACUGGUUUGGUUCAUCAGGGGCCAUCUUUCUACUGUCCUACCUCUGUAACAUCAGCCUUUCUAUGAUACAAAUUCUUUCCAUGUUGGGUUAUGGUUUAUUUGGUCAUUGUUUGGUGGUGUUUUUAAGUACAGUCAUUCACUCUGCACAUAACCAUAUUGUCUUCUACAUUCUAUGGGCAAUAUUUGGUGGCCUCUCUACUUUAAGGAUGGCUUUUGUAAUUCUUUCUCGGACAUCAGGACAAUCUCAGCGGAUGAUUGUUUGUGGCACAAUCACAUUUCUUCAUCUUUGUUUUCUUUUGUAUCUUCAUUUUGCCUAUCACCAAACAGUUGAAGAACUUUCAGAAGUGUUUAACAAAGAUCUCCUACAGAAGCCAGUUGUUGUAGAUUCAGUUCAGCCAAAGUUUGUUCGAGAAUUAGGAAACGAAAUUGCCAUGGCAACUCAUGCCCUGAACAAACAAGUUGUCAAUCAUGAACCAAAUGCUAACUUGGCCAUCGACAAAAUUGACAAAGUUUUGCAACCUGUACACAACACCCUUCCUGUAGUAGCCCAAAAGCUUGUUGUGGCUGCCACUAACCACACAGCUACCAUGAAAGCAGGGGCACAUAAAAGUUGGAUGAAGAUGGUUUCAGUUGGUUGA